AUGUCGAGCCAGCGACAUUCGACAUUGAAUGUUAGACAAACUACACAUUCGACAUUGAAUGUCGAGACAGCUGUACAACAGUCGAUAUUGUGUGUCGAGACAGCUGUACAACAGGCGAUAUUGUGUGUCGAGACAGCUGUACAACAGUCGAUAUUGUGUGUCGAGACAGCUGUACAUCAGUCGAUAUUGUGUGUCGAGACAGCUGUACAUCAGUCGAUAUUGUGUGUCGAGACAGCUGUACAACAGUCGAUAUUGUGUCGAGACAGCUGUACAUCAGUCGAUAUUGUGUGUCGAGACAGCUGUACAUCAGUCGAUAUUGUGUGUCAAGACAGCUGUACAACAGUCGAUAUUGUGUGUCGAGAGAGCCGUACAACAGUCGAUAGUGUGUGUCGAGAGAUCCGUACAACAGUCGAUAUUGUGUGUCAAGACAGCUGUACAACAUUCGAUAAUGUGUGUCGAGAGAGCCGUACAACAGUCGAUAUUGUGUGUCGAGAGAGCCGUACAACAGUCGAUAUUGUGUGUCGAGACAGCUGUACAACAGUCGAUAUUGUGUGUCGAGAGAGCCGUACAACAGUCGAUAUUGUGUGUCGAGACAGCCGGACAACAGUCGAUUUUGUGUGUCGAGACAGCUGUACAACAGUCGAUAUUGUGUGUCGAGACAGCUGUACAACAGUCGAUUUUGUGUGUCGAGACAACUGUACAACAGUCGAUAUUGUGUGUCGAGACAACUGUUCAACAGUCGAUAUUGUGUGUCGAGAGAGCCGUACAACAUUCGAAAUUGUGUGUCGAGACAACAAUACAACUUUCGACGUUGAAUGUCGUGGCGUCUAUACAACAACCGACUGGGCUGUCGAACCAGCUAAAUAA